GCUAGAAUCAGGUUUAUCAGAAUCUAGUCAGAAAUGGCGUGGGUUCGAAUCCCACUUCCGUCAUUUUCUUUUUUGUCAGAUUCGCAUUUUCUGUACUUACGAGCGAAAUAACUUUUGUUCCAACUUAUACGACGCAAGACUUCCCUACGGCCUCAACGAAAGCUUAACAUAUACGGGCUUGAUUUCUUUGUCUGACGCAUACUGCUGUCUGGCAGGCAAGUUUGGCUUUCAAGCUAAUUUGCUGACAUGGGCAUUCACGGCCUUACGACAUACCUGCAUGAAAACAAGGCAGUCAUAGCGAAAUACCUUCACUUCACUCCGGCUACUUCUAACACUGUCACUCCUUUUGUUAUCGAUGGUUGGUCGUGAGUUUUCUUCGUUAAGCCGCUACCAACCUCGCUUAUGCUAUGACUACAGAUUCAUUUACGAGAUUAUAGGGUUGUCAGGCCUCCCAUGGGUAUAUGGCGGUGAAUACGGAGACCUUUCUCGCAUCGUGGAAAGGACUGUACGUGCCUGGCUUCAAGUCGGUUUGCGUCUGUACUUCGUCUUCGAUGGGCCUUACCCCUUGGUGAAGUUCCCAACUCUCACAUCUCGUGCCACGAAGACUACUAUCCAAGGAUCGAAGCUCUUCUUCGUCACGUCACCAGCUGCACGUUCGAAACCUCGUUUCCUACGCGAGAUCGAGAUCAUACCGCCGAGCGCAUACACCGCAUGUAUUGAGACGUUAAAAGACAUCGUCGCAUCUCUAGGGGACAAGCCAUCGUUGGAGAUCCACUUCGCGGAUGAAGAAGGCGAUCCAUAUGCUGUCGAGCUUGCUGGUCGCUUAGGUGGCUAUGUACUGGGAAAAGAUUCCGAUUUCGUGGUGUUAAACGUAGAGGGCUACAAAGGCUAUAUCCCACUGGACGAAAUGGUGUGGACCAGUUUGUCUCAGGAUAAAGACUUGCAGGACACUGCAGACGAUGAUGACGGAUUUCAGACUGUCGUUAAUACCAAGGCAAAGAAGAAGUCUAUAUCCAAGAGGGCCAAGUCGGGCAAUGGGAUUGUACCCCCACAGAAUACCGAUGAUAUCGAGCUCUCAGUUACGGUAUAUUCACCCGCAGUUGUUGCAUCGCAGCUUCGCAUACCCGUAUCUCUGUUGCCUCUGUUGGGUGCGCUGGUCGGCAAUGACUUCACCGGUUCCAAGGAUCCCUCAUCUACCACCGUGCAGGAGAGCAAUCUUCAAAGGUUGUUCUUCGAACGCCAGCUGACGCUUUCUCAGCGAAUAACUCGAGUGGCCAACACUCUCCAUAAUAUCUUGGAGGCCGCAUUGUCACCAUCUGCGAGGGGAAAACAAAAACUUCAGGUCAAUAGCGUCAUGCAAUUGAUUGAGCGUGCCAUCACCACGCUGCUGAUACGCUCUUCAGACAUGAUGCCUACCAGUGAGCAGGAAAGGAUCAUGGAUCGUAUUGUUGAAGCAACGCUUCAGUAUGCUAUACCGCGAUAUGAGGGUGAGCUCCAUGGUGCGGACGGCCUUUGGGCAUCGCCUGUCUGUGCCUUGCACGAAGAAGAAGCAUGCCCCCUCAUCCGAUAUCUUUCACCGCCACCACUCCUUGAUAUAUUUCCUAUUUCGCAUGAAGAAAGUCGGAAACAGAAACACCAGGAGGCUGUUCGAAAUAUCUAUGUUUCGGCAUACCGUGCUGGCCGAUUGGACCCUCGCCUGCUGGAUACUAUGAACAGUGGGACGUUCUGGUAUCGCCAGAUGUUGGAGCACCCGGACACCGAAACAGUGAACGUAAGUAUAGGACGUCCGAUACAACAGAUUUCUUAUGCUCUUUUGGAUGACGCACUUGGACUACCGGAGAAGCCAGAAGAGGAAGAAGAGGAAGAGGAAGAUGACGACGAGGUGAUUGACGUUGUAGAAGAAUCGGACGAAGACUAUCUCGCUCCUCUGCGUGGUGCUUUGCAAGAACUGGAUACGCCUGCCGACUCUGAUGACGAAAUGGCAACAGAGCCUCCAACUUCCCUAUCGUCACAUGCAAAAUCUUCCCGUCCUUCCAGACCAAAGGUUAUUCAGGAGCAUAUCCGGCGAGGAGUGCGUCUGGCUGAUGAGGAAGUAUCGGUCCCAGCACUGUCGGAGGUGCUUGCAUACCACGAUCUAGAUCACAUAGAUCACCUUCCGUUACAACUGGCUUCAGAGGACGAUCGAUUGACGUUCUUUCUACGAGUUCUGCAGUCGGAUGCGCCUCCGGUUCGAGGUUUACAUCCAGAAGAUACUCUCGUCGUGUUAGCUCUUAGAUGGGUGGUAUCGCGCCUACAUGCUCGUGCACAAGCGUCAGCUGGUAGCAAAGAACGAGUGAAGGAACGAUGGACAAAGCCAGAAGCCCGAGCCUUCCUAGCUUCCUUCUCACCACCGGGGAGUUCUCCUGAGGACAGUGAGGACCUACCCAUGGAAAAUCGCAAUAUUCAGCUCGUUGCGCAGAUCUCUGCGGCUUUCGCUGCAAUCGAGCGACUCAGCCAAUUGCUCCUGCUGUCUGAACGAUUCCAGACUCCAGUCUUACGUUUCUCUGGGAAGUUGUUCCAUUCAUACUUGACUGGUUUCAUACCCAUACCUCCGAAGGCGGUCCCAUCGGAUCUUUGGGACGCCUCGGUUGAGGGCUUGGAACAUGCUUUUGGGGAACCCAUGGGGAAGAAGAAAAAGGGUGCAAAGGGUGCUCCCGUGAGCGGUCCCCCUCAACCCAGUAAGAAGCAACAGAGAGGUGCCGUUACCGGUGGUAUGUUUGGUUUGCUCGGGGAUAUUGAGGCGUGAACUUGUUUUCGGGAUCCAAGUUUCGCGACUGGUCUCUCGAUGCUUUGUCGGGUUUACGUUCAUUGUAGAUUCUCUCGCGUUUUGAAGCCCCACCAAUCAUACCAAACUGUAAGUGUUUCUUCCGACACGAAUCCCUUGCGUUGUUAGAAGAAGCCUUGCACAAUCACGACUCAUGAGUUUCAUUUUUAGUUUCGUGUCCUGUAGCGAGUAUAUAUUAUUCAUUUGUAUGCACUACAUUCUGUAUUUUAUAAGAUGUAGCGAUGGCUAUUUACAUAAUUUUCGAUGUUCUGUCGAAGUAGAGUUAGGUUGAUCGAAAUCAACCUUGAGUCAUAGUCACCCUUUCCUUCCUGACCGUCAUCUCCUCGUAUCCUUCACAGCUCGUGUG